AUGGAUAUAUCGGCGCAGUUCACCGGGAUCAACGCCGUGAUGAACUAUGCGCCGACGAUCAUGGGCAACUUGGGGAUGGAGCCCCUUGUGGGGAACUUCGUGGUGAUGGCAUGGAACUUUGUGACGACGCUCGCCGCGAUUCCACUUGCCUGGUACUUCACGAUGCGCCAGAUGUAUCUCGGUGCCACGCUCGUGGCGUCGGUGGCGUGCCUGCUUCUGUGCGGGAUCCCUGUGUACCCCGGCGUUUCCAGCACCAACGUGAAGAACGGUGUUGCGAUCACUGGCAUCGCCAUAUUCAUCGCCGCGUUCGAGCUUGGUGUUGGACCGUGCUUAUUUGUGCUUGCUCAGCAGCUUUUCCCGCGCUCGUUCCGCCCGAAGGGUUCGUCCGUCUUGAUGGUGGUGCUGUUCCUUACCAAUAUCAUCAUCAACGUCUGCUACCCAAUCGCGACGGAGGGCAUGUCCGGCGGCCCGUCCGGCAACCAGGACAAGGGCCAGGCGAUCGCUUUCAUCUUCUUUGGCUGCACGGGCAGUGUGUGCUUCGCCGUGCUGGUGUUCUUCUUGUUCCCGUGGGAGGAGGAGGCACCUCAGAGCCGCGGCGACGCCGACGAAGAGCCCGUGCCGCCGGAACGCCAGUCACAGACUGAGGCUGCCGCCCCUGGUAACCGCCAAGGUGCGUGA